AUGUAACACCAAUAUCUUUUUUGCCUAGAUAUCGACUGCAAACUGUGAAAUCCUUAGCUGGCGUCAGCCUUAUGUUGCGGUUAUUAUGGGCAUGCUUACGAUGGGAUGACAUGGCAGUUAAACCGCCAUCAGGAGUCACCACUGCACGUACAGAAACUACAGAAACCGAUAUCACUACUACUGAGAUUAUCAAGCGAAGAGAUGUUGGUCCAUAUGGAAUCCGGUCAGAAUACUGCAUUCGAAAGAUUAUCUGUCCUAUUGGUGUUCCUGAAACUCCUAAAGAAACUCCAACACCACAGAGGAAAGGUCUUCGAUCUAGUGCGUUACGGCCAAAGAAGAUUGAGGCCCCAAAGCAGACUGGUCCUGUAAUAAUUGAGACCUGGGUUCCAGAGGAAGAGCUGGAUUUAUGGGAAAUUCGCAGUUUUGCAGAGAGGGUGGAAAAGGAGAAGGCACAAGCUGCUGAGCAGCAAGCAAAGGUUAGUGAGCAGAAGAAAUCCGAAGAGUUCAAGGCCCAACUGGAGGCCCAGCUUAAGCAGCAGCGCUUGGCUGCUCAACAGAAACGUCUUGAGCAGCAGAAGCUAUCUUCCGCUCCAAAUUCCUCUUCCACUAUGUCAACAACCAACAGCACUGCUACCACUAUUGCCACCCCGCAGAAGUUAGUGGUAGGUUCCUUGACAGGACAGGUCUCCCCAGGAACAAAGGUGGUAUUUGCUACCUCAAAAGUGGGUUCACCAACUACAGUAACAUUCCAGCCUAACAAGAAUUUUCAACAGAGUUUUGCUACCUGGAUCAAGCAGGGCCAGAGUGGGUCAGUUACCAGCACGGUUUCCACCACAGGUACAACCAUUGCCACCACAGGUCAGACGUUCCAGAUAACAGGCAGUCCAGUAAGCAUGACAGGCAAGGUGAUAACUGCUAAGCUUCCACUCACUGCGAACAGCAAAAUCCUGACUGUCAAUGUGCCAACCACUCAAGGAGGUGUAGUUCAGGUGCAGCAAAAAGUUCUGGGAAUCAUUCCAUCAGGCACUACUUCCAGCCAGCAAACCUUUACUUCAUUCCAACCAAGGGCCACCACUGUAACUCUGCGACAGAGUGCACCAGGUACAACAACUACAACUCAGCAGGUACAGGUCCUUACAACAGGAGGAGCAACACAGAUACGUCCUGGUGUUACAGUUAUUAGAGCACCUUUUCAACAGGCAGCAACCAUUGGCAAAGCUAUUAUCCGCACACCUUUGAUGGUCCAGCAAGGUAUCCUCCCAGCAACUCAAAACCAACAGGUAGUCACGCAGAUUAUCCGUGGACAACCAGUAACAACUGUGUCAAGUACAGGUAAUUUGAUUCAAAGUUCAACGCCGAAGAUGGUGACUGCACCAACUACAGCUAUGCAACCUCUCCAAAGUCGGCCUGCCACACCACAAGGUCAACAGCCAGCCCAGCGGCCACAACAAGGACAAGUCCGAUUAACAAUGGCACAGCUAACCCAGCUCACGCAAGGACAGAGUGGAGGUCAGGGGUUGACUGUGGUGAUUCAAGGGCAGGGACAAACAACGGGACAGCUUCAGCUUAUCCCACAAGGUGUGUCAGUAAUUCCUGGGCCAGGACAACAGCUAAUGCAGGCAGCCAUGCCAAAUGGAACUAUUCAGAGGUUCCUUUUCACACCUCUGCCAACAGUAACAGCAUCAGCUGCUGCAACAACAGUAGCUUCUGCGACAACAGCACCAGCUUCAACAGAACAGAAACAGGUGCAGACACAUGUACAACAAAUGCAAACCCCGAUCCAAUCACCACCUCCGCUUCCCCCACCUUCUCCUGUUCAGACUUCAGUUGCCUCUCAGCCAUUGACCUCCAUACAGCCUGCUCAAACGCAGCCAACACAAGCCCAGCCUGUGGUCCAGGUACAGUCUCCAUCACAAGCUCAACCUGUCGUCCAAGCACAAGCUCCACCACAAACGCAAGUUCCUUCAACCCAAGCUGGGAAUCAACUAAGUGUACAGUCUCCACAGCGACCGCAGUUACAGCCUCAGCAACAUCAAGCCACUGUUCAGACAAUAUCUCCACAACCUCAGCAUCAUCCUCAAGUUCCAAAUCAGACAGCAGCUGACACUCAAGCACUGCCUCAGGUCACCCCAGGUGCGGUUCAGCAUCAAAUCAAACUACAGGUCCCUGUUCAGAUUCACCAACCAGGUUUGACUGCAGCUCAGCAGAUUCAGAAUGUGGUCAGUGUACAAACAGCCAGUGUCCAGGAGCACCUACAGCGAAUUCAACAAAUCCGUGAGCAACAGCAGCAAAAGAAACAGCUGCAGAUUGAGGCUAAGAGGGAGCACAUGCUACAAACUACAAAUCAAAACGAAAUUAUUCAGAAACAGGUUGUAAUGAAACAAAAUGCUGUCAUUGAGCACCUGAAAGCAAAGAGUAGGAUGAUGUCACCUGCAGAACGAGAAGAAAACCAGAGAAUGAUUGUCUGUAACCAGGUUAUGAAGUAUAUUCUGGAUAAAAUUGACAAGGAAGAAAAACAAGCAGCAAAGAAACGGAAACGAGAUGAGAACGUGGAGCAGAAGCGCAGUAAACAGAAUGCCACGAAGCUAUCAGCAUUGUUGUUCAAACACAAAGAACAGUUGAAGGCUGAGAUCCUAAAGAAAAGGGCAUUGUUGGACAAGGAGCUUCAAAUUGAGGUGCAGGAGGAGCUGAAAAGAGACAGAAAUAAGUUACGGAAGGAGAAAGAGAAGGCGCAGGCAGCUGCUAUGCAGACUGCAGCCAUUGCCGCUGCAAAUGCUGUCCAAGCGGCUGUGACACAGAAGCGAAAGCGAGAAGAGGAGAAAGAGCCUGCCAAGGUCAAGAAGAAAAAGAUGAUUUCUACUACCUCAAAAGAAUCCAAGAAGGACACAAAGCUUUACUGUAUUUGCAAGACACCUUAUGAUGAAUCAAAGUUCUACAUUGGCUGUGAUCUGUGUACGAACUGGUAUCAUGGAGAAUGUGUUGGUAUCACAGAAAAAGAGGCUAAAAAAAUGGAUGAGUACAUUUGCAAUGAAUGUAAACGAGCACAGGAGGGCAGCAGCGAGGAGCUCUACUGUAUCUGUAGAACACCAUACGACGAAUCACAGUUUUACAUCGGUUGUGAUCGCUGCCAAAACUGGUACCAUGGACGUUGUGUUGGCAUUCUACAGAGUGAAGCAGAUCUCAUUGACGAGUAUGUUUGCCCACAGUGUCAGUCUACAGAAGAUGCUAUGACUGUUCUUAGCCCGCUUUCUGACAAAGAUUAUGAGGGUCUUAGACGAGUGCUGCGCUCUUUACAGGCUCAUAAAAUGGCUUGGCCCUUUUUGGAACCAGUAGAUCCCAAUGAUGCACCAGAUUAUUAUGGCAUCAUCAAAGAGCCAAUGGAUCUUUCUACCAUGGAAGAAAGAAUACAUCAUCGGUUCUACAAAAAACUGACAGACUUUGUUGGUGAUAUGACCAAAAUCUUUGAUAACUGCCGUUACUAUAACCCCAGUGAUUCACCGUUUUAUCAAUGUGCAGAGGUUCUGGAAUCAUUUUUUGUACAGAAACUGAAAACUUUCAAGGCAAACAGGUCUCAUUCCUAACAGAUCACACUCUACUGUGUAGAUUGCACUCUCUAGACUUCAAACAACAAUGAACAAAAUCGUACAAAGCGUGAAUAACAGGAAUUGCAUUCAGAGUGCAGCGAGAAGUUGAUGCCACCAGAGGCAGAUAUACUUUGUCAGGCUUUCCUGACUGACUGACCUUAACCAGCACUGUUGUUCAAGCACCAAUCAGUUAACUGAAUUGGAUAAAGCCCCAUUCUGUUUGUUAGAAACUAAAAGGGAGAGUUUAAAUGAAGAGGAGAAGGAAGGAAAUUUGAAAACAUUUGUAAAAGAAGCCACCUUUUAUCAGCCCUGUUUGACUGUCGUAUCCUCCUCGCCUGAAAUGGGAUGGGAAGCAUGAAGCAUCCUGUCCGCUCUUGUUAUGACAGGGGGCUGGCUUCAAUUUUCCCAGCGAAAUUCAUCACCACAGUUCUUCAGUGAAGAAGCUGGCUGCAAGCUGUCUGUAAUGAAACAAACAUGUUUAAAUUUGACAGCUGUAUUUAUUUAUUACUGAGAAAAGAUGAAGCUUUCUUUUUUAGAAUCUGCUGCCCUUGUUUGUCAACUAAUUAUGUGCUUUUUUUCUUAUUGAUAUGAAAAGACUCAACUUGCAAUAAGUUGGUCUUUUUUAUGUAAUUGCUGUAGGUAACGGUGAGUGAUAACCCUCGAUCCUUUCUUUCUUUGAAAGGAGUUGUUUCACAUGCACGCGCACGCACGCACCCACACGCACACAUACAUACAGACACACGUGAGCACAGCAGAAUGGGAUCCAGCAGGAAGUUUUAUUUUCCUAACUAAUCUGACCGAAGUGGACCUCCACAUGACCACUGGCUGAGCGGUCUUCAGGAUUGACUUCCAAGACUGCCACAGUGGCAAUGAGGCAGCACCAGAAAACUAUCAAUCACUCUGCAGAAAUUUGAUAGACUGAAAUAAACGGUGUGUACUGAAGUUAUCUUGUAUGUAAACAUUUUGUCAGAUGCUGAAUUUUUUUUUGUUUUUUUGUAUUAAGGUUCAGAAAUAUUGAUGUAUAUGAAAACAAUAAAUGGAGGAAACCAUUAUCUCCCACUGAGAAAAUCCACAAGUGUUUCUGUAUGUGCUUAAAAUGACACAUUUGUGAGACUUCAGGUCUCUCCCAAGAAUUCUAACAAAGGAAAUAAAAAUUUGGAAAUGGUGCAAGGACACUUUAAAUUUGAAAUGCUGCAUAUUGUAUGCAUUUGUAUUGAGUUUAAAAAAAAAGGGGAACUAUGGACUAACUCUCGAGUUGUGAAAUACUGCACAUCUCAUCACCACAUCACAGUAUUUCUGUACUAUUUAUUCAUAUCUACAAACUUAUUUGUUUUGAGUAAUGUUGCAAAAAAAAUCUUUCCUACCUGUAGGCAAUAGAUUGCUAUCUAUGUUUUUAACAGAUUGUGGCAACUAUGAAGAGUAAUUCUUUUGUACUUGAUAGGACAUUUCAUCCUAGACAAUAAAGUAAUGUUUUUGACAUCAA